CCGAGCAGCAGCAGAGAUAACCUAUGCCCCACUAUAAUUUUUGCGAUACGGCGAGACCCUGAAAGCUCGAAACCGCAAGCCGUGGACAAAAGAGACCGUUGAGGGCCAGCCCAGCACAUCAUAUUCCUUCGUUACGGGGCGAUUGUUCACAGCCAUUGUGGAUAAAUAUAUAUCGAGCAGAAUGCCGUCCGUCGUGGAUGACGCGGCAGCCAAGGCGGCGGGCAAGAGGAAGCGCCAGGAGAACGGGGACGUGAGCAAGAAGAGGAGGAAAUCUGGCAGCGGCCACGGCAACGGCCACGGCGACGACGAGAACGAUUUCCAGGCCACAAUCGAGAGGCUCGAGACGGAAAUCCAAGAGUCGAAAAGGCACUACAACAACAUUGCGACCCUGGUUGAACUCGCACAGAAGCACGAGGACGAACCCAAACCUGCGCUGCCCGCCUCCGAAGCGUUAUGCCGCACAUUCAUCCGGCUGUUAGCCGCCGGUAAUCUGGUCAAGAGGAAGGAUGUGUCGGAGAAAGACGUCACUGUCAUCAGCUGGCUUCGUGCCCGUCUGGCCGACUACCGUGGGGUCCUUCUGUCCAUGUUUCGGAGCAAGAAGCUGGCGCCCAACGCCCUGAUGCUGGCCAUGGCCCUGCUGAAAGCCGAGGCCCAGCACCUUACCGACCGGGAGGAAGCGGUGUUUCCCCGCCUUUUCUUCUCGGAUAUCGUAGCUACUCUGCUCGAGUCUCCCGUCGAACCGCUGCUGGCGCAAUUCUCCGAGAGGUUCGUCGACGAGUAUCACGACAUUCGCUUCUACACGUUCGAGGCCAUCAAGACGUACUUGGCAGAACGGGAAAACACCGCUGACGAAUCGAUCCGGAAUGCCGUGUUCAACCUCCUGAUCAGCAUGGGGGACGUUCCCGGGUCCAGCGAUGACCUGGAGAAGUUCUACGUCGAGCCGCCCCGGAAGAAGAAGCACCCUCUGCGUUCUCUGUCGCAACACAAGAAGCAGGCCCAGGAGGCGUGGCUAGCACUUAUGCGUCUCGGAUUGAGCAAGGAGCAACGAAAGAAGGUCCUAGAGGCCAUGUCGACCUCCAUUGCCCCUUGGUUUACCCAGCCAGAGAUGCUCAUGGACUUCUUGACCGACUGCUACAAUUCGGGCGGCUCCAUAUCGCUGCUCGCCCUGUCGGGUGUUUUCUACCUCAUUCAGGAGCGCAACCUCGACUACCCGGAGUUCUACACCAAGCUAUACUCCUUGCUCGACGCGGACAUACUCCACUCCAAACAUCGCUCGCGCUUCUUCCGCUUGCUCGAGACCUUCCUCGGCUCGUCACAUUUGCCCGCAGUGCUAGUCGCCAGCUUCAUCAAGCGUCUAGCCCGCCUGGCUCUCAAUGCCCCGCCCAGUGCCAUCGUGGCCAUCGUACCAUGGUUCUACAACCUCUUUAAGAAACAUCCUCUGACAACCUUCAUGAUGCACCGCGUGCCUCGGACCAGGGAGGAGAGGGAGUUGCUCGAACGCGAGGGCCUGGAGGAUCCAUUCCUUCCCGAUGAGAGAGAUCCAAUGGAGACUCGUGCCAUUGACAGCUGUCUCUGGGAGAUCGUUCAGCUGCAAUCUCACUACCACCCCAACGUCGCCACCAUCGCCAAGAUCAUCUCGGAGCAGUUUACCAAACAAGCAUACAACCUGGAGGAUUUCCUGGAUCACUCUUACGGCAGUCUGCUCGAGGCUGAGAUGUCCAAGGAGGUUAAAAAGCCUCCUGUCAUCGAGUACAUGAUUCCCAAGAGGAUAUUCAGCAAAGCCAAUGCUCCCGAGGAGUCGGACAGUCUGCUUGUUAGUUUGUGGGACUUUGGCUCGUCAUAGGAAUUAGGACUUGUUUCCGCCAGCAGCUUCGCCAUUCCCCCCCCCCCCCCUUCUUCCUCCGCCGUGGGAAGAGCGAGGGCCCAAACAUGCAUUUUAGACACGUGCUGUUCUCACACGGUGAUUCGGCCACCGUCCCGGCAGAACAUGCAAGACGCGUCCAUUUGAGCCCCGAAAGCAUCAGGCAGAGGCAAGGCUUACGACCA